CGCGCAGAGCCCUCCCGCGCGUUCUCCCACUCCCGCUCCAGCGCCGCCUGUUGCUCGCUGCUCCCAGCCGCAGCUUCCCGCCGAGUGUCCGCGGUAGGUGGCCAGAGAAGGUACCAGCGCGUGGGCACCCACCCGCCUUACUGCCCUCCCCGCUCUCUAGGGGUCAGAGGGCCUCUGGCGCCCUCCACAGUACGAAAGCCGCGAGCCUCCAUAGCGCCCAGGACCGCGCAUCUAGACCCGGGCGCCGCGCCGCGCCGCCCCGCGAUGAACGCAACCUUCCUGAACCACAGCGGCCUGGACGAGGUGGGCGGCGUGGGCGGGAGCGCCGGGACUGCACUCGGAAACCGCAGCCACGGGCUGGGCACGUGGCUAGACUGCUGCCCGGGGGGCGCGCCGCUGGCUGCAAGCGACGGGGUCCCCGCGGGGCUGGCGCCGGACGAGCGCAGCCUGUGGGUGUCGCGGGUGGCGCAGAUCGCCGUGCUCUGCGUGCUGUCGCUCACCGUGGUCUUCGGCGUUUUCUUCCUGGGCUGCAACCUGCUCAUCAAGUCCGAGAGCAUGAUCAACUUUCUGGUGGAGGAGCGCCGGCCCUCCAAGGACGUGGGCGCCGCCAUCCUGGGGCUGUACUGAGCGCCGGCCAGGAGAAGAAGGGAUGUCCCCGGGCACCAGGGCGUGGAGAGGACCGCGGCGGCUGAGGCGCGAGAAGGGACUGUGUGCUCUUCGGCGGGGGCGGGAGAAUGAGGGUACUUAAUGGGUUUUUUUUGUUGUUGUUUUUGUUAAAAAAAAAAAUCCCGGGGCAGGGAGGGUGUGAGCGGGAUG